AUGGCCGUUGUGAACACUAUUUCAACUUCAGAGCAGUUCACUCUCCUGAUGUUGGUCAAAGUGAAAUUUUUGAGAAGUGCGGGCUUCAGCGGUUGCAUCUUCGCCUAUGGGCAGACCGGCAGCGGCAAGACGCAUUCCAUGUUCGGCCCUGGCCUUGUGAGGGGGGGAAAGGUGUCCGAUGCUGCUGGCAGCGAUUGGGAGGGGAUUCUACCGAGGGCUGUGAGGUAUCUUUUCAAGAACAUCGCUCAUGCGGCAGAGUCUAGAGAGUGCGCAUUGGUAGCAAGCUUUGCUGAGAUUUAUCUGGACCAUAUUCGUGACCUAGGCUUGGCCACUGUGGGGGCCGAACGGAAACGCCCGGAGAGCGCUCCUACAGGACGUCAGCAUGGUAGGGGUAGCAAGAGCAGUCUUGUGAGUGAUGCGAGGCCUAGCAGUGCCACUGGGUUUUCGUUCAAGUCACCAAUUCGAGCGGAUUUGGAAUGGGAGUCGCAGAGUUUAGAGAUUCACGAGACACCCACCGGGCAAGUAUUCGUCAAAGACCUCACGCUCAUACCAAUACGGAGCGUUGAGGAAGUGCUAGAUAUCGUCCGUAGAGGCAGCGCGCUUCGUGCUACGCAUGAAACGGCUAUCAAUGCGGUCUCGAGCCGAAGCCAUACCAUAUUCUCAUUAAAUUUCGUCACUCGAGAGUCUCAUGCAGUGGGAAGAAAGGGAGAGGUGAUAUCGGGGGUGCUGAACUUUGUGGACUUGGCCGGUUCGGAGAGGCCGGCUAGAAGUGGAAAUGAAGGGAAGAGGUUCCAAGAGGCGGUUGUGGUGAACAGCAGCUUGUCGGCUCUCAGCAAGGUCAUAUUAGCUUUGGUUAUACACAGUAGAGGAGGAGGGAAGCACCAACGGGAGCAUUGCUAUGUACCUUAUAGAGACUCGAAAUUGACCCGUCUUCUCUCAUCGGCGUUGGGGGGCAACUCUUUCACAACACUCCUCUGCACUAUUAACCCGACGAUGUCGAUGUAUCAGGAGUCUCUCAAUGCACUGCAGUUCGCUGAUCGAUGCAAGAACGUCUGCAACAGGCCGAUUGUUGGGUAUUCGAGCAUCGGUGGGGAGUUACAGGACUUGACGGUCCGAAGGUUGCUGCAGGAAAUUGCAGAGUUGAAGACUCAGUUGGCACUAAGUGCGAAUAGCGGUCUUGAAGAGAGGGUAGCAUUGGUGACAGUUGGGCAAAAUACUGAUGGAAAAAGCGGCAAAUAUGUUGAGGAGGCAGAUGCCAUUGGAAACGAAGCCGAGGGUUUGCGAGUGCAGUGCGACGUUGAACGGCAAAAGGCCAAGAAAGCUGGGGAGAGAGCCGAGGAGCUGAAGUGUCGGUGGCAGCGGUCAAAGGAGGAACAGUUGGGGGAGGAGGAAGCAAUGAGGAGGGAGAAGUUGGAGUUUAUGGAGAAGUGUAGGGAGAGGGAGUUGAGAGCAGCGAGGGAGGCGGAGGAGGCGAGGGAGGAGAGGAAGAAGAGUGAGAAGGAGAUGGGUGGGAGGAUUGCUCGCUUGGAGGAGCUCAUGAGGGAUGCGUUCCUCAGCAGUCAUCAGAAUGAGCUCACUGGCAAGCUCAGUGGCCUUGUGGAACAGCUGAGAAAAAUCCAGUCCUCGUAUCGUGAUAGCGUCCGCUCUUCUUUGUAUCGUGCUGAGGAGCGGCGAGUGAGGCAGUUAGGGGAGCAGAGGGUGGCUUAUGAGGAGGCACUCCGGUCGAAGGAGAUGCAGUGGAGGUAUUGGCAGGCGGACAUGGAUGCCCGAAUGGGGAAAAUGAAGCGAGCCUUCUUACGGUACCGUACGGAGAAGGAGAGUGCGAUGGAACAGUGCCGAGAGGAACUUGUACGGCUCUAUAGUGUGAAUAGAUCUCUGUGUGGAGUAGUAGCCGAUCUGGAGGAAGGAAGAUAUGCAGUGAAGUUUUCGAGUGGCAUUAAGAAGGCUGUGUUACCGGAUGGUGUAGUAAAGGAGGUAGUGACAGCGAGGAGCAGUUUGGAUGAAGAACGGUUCCCGAUCCUUUUUGAGGAGACGAGGAGGUUGCAGAGGGCGUUGAGGAGGUAUAGUAGUGAACAGAAGUUAACGCCACAUGGAGGCACAUGA